AUGGAUACGCUGAGGGCACUCGAUCCGCUGCACCGCGUCUGCCAGGUGUGCAACCUGUGGCCGUGGCGCCUCGUCCCGCCGCCAGACACGGAGGGCAUCCUGCUACGCCGAUCACGCUGGCUGGAGCUCUACGGCUGGACCGUGCUGACGGUGGCCAGCGGCUUCACUGCCUACGGCCUCUUCCGGGAGAGCAGCGUCGAGGAUAAGUCACAGGAGGAUGGAGUGGAAUCUUCGACCAUUUCCAACAUUGGUCACACGGUGGACUUCAUCCAGCUGGUGGGCAUGCGGGUGGCCCACCUGGCCGCCCUGCUCGAGGCUCUGUGGCAGCGGCAGGUGCAGCGGGAUUUCUAUGCGGAGUUGGGUGAGAUCGACCACCAGCUAUCCGAGGCCUUGAGGGUGGACGUGGAGGGCGUUCGCCUCCAGAUGCGCCGGCAGACGACGCGCCGGGCUGUGUGGAUGUUGUGGGGCUAUGCGGUCAGUCAGUUUCUCAUCCUGGGCGCCAAGCUGCUCGCCCCGGGCCACCGCUUCCCGGUGUACUGGAUCAGCUACCUACUUCCCAUGCUCGUUUGCGGUUUGCGCUACUUUCAGAUCUUCACCGCCACCCAGAUUGUGCGUCAGCGCCUGGACGUGCUCCUGGUGGCCCUGCAGCAGCUCCAGCUGCAGCAGAAGAGCCCCGCUGUGGACGCGGAGCCAGAGGAGCACGCCCAUCUCGAGCACGCGGCCAUGGAGCGGCUGAUGGCCGUCAGACUCGUUUACCAGCGGGUGUGGGCCCUGGUGGCCCUGCUGAACCGCUGCUACGGUCUCUCCAUGCUGAUGCAGGUGGGCAACGACUUCCUGGCCAUCACCUCCAACUGCUACUGGAUGUUCCUCAACUUCCGACAGUCGUCGGCUUCGCCCUUAGACAUCCUUCAGAUCGUGGCCAGCGCAUUGUGGUCUGCCCCCCACCUGGGCAACGUGCUCGUCCUGUCGCUGCUCUGCGACCGAACUGCCCAGUGUGCCACUCGCCUGGCCCUGUGCCUGCACCAGGUGGAUGUGGAUCUGAGGAACGAGAGCCACAAUGCUCUGGUGAGUACAUUCUACCAUUCUGUCUACAUCCCCUUGCUAAUCCCCUUUCUUCCCCAGAUCACCCAGUUCUCACUGCAGCUGCUCCACCAGCGGCUCCACUUCAGCGCUGCUGGUUUCUUUAAUGUGGACUGCACGCUUCUCUACACGAUCGUGGGUGCCACCACCACAUACCUGAUUAUCCUGAUCCAGUUCCACAUGAGCGAGUCCUCCAUGGGCGGCGGAUCGAAUGGAGGGUAGUGCCAGGCGGAGAGACCCAAAACCCAGACAAAACCCCU